AGGCAUCUUGAAUCAACAUUCAACAUCCCUCUGUCUGUCUUUCCGUUUCACACGCGUGCACGUACACACAAACAAAAAUCAAGAUGGAGGGAUCCAGACGUAUGUUUUCAACUGUCUUCAUCCUCGUCCUGCUCCUUGUGGCUAUUGGGACGGGUCCAAUGGUUGCUGAGGGCAAGGUCGCAACAAAGGGGAAGUCGAGGACUUGUGAGUCUCUAAGCAUGAAAUUCAAGGGACUUUGCUUCCGAUCAAACCACUGUGCUGAUACUUGCAAAAAAGAGGGCUUCCUAGAAGGCAAAUGUGUUGGCUUCAGGCGGAGAUGUACAUGCACUAAGAAAUGUUAGUGAUAUAACACACUAACUUAUUUUGGUGCGUGGGAUUGAGAAGAAAGAAAAUGUAUUGCCCUUUUUUUUCAUUUAGUUUAAGAGAAUAAAUGACUAACCCUAAUAUAAAUUUUGGGGUUGUGUCCUUGUUUUUGUUCUUAUGCACUAAUAGCGUGUGAGUUAUUUUGUAAUCAAUAAAAUAAAAUAAAUAAAUUGUUCAUUUCUUAA